AUGUAUAAAAAUACACACGAUCAUGAGCAACGUCGCACAACAACUCGUGCACCAUCACCUGUACGCGAGUUGGUCUCAAAAUAUGUUAAUUGUAAUCUCACAGAAACUCAAAUUAAAAAUUUAUUGGUAGUGGAUUGUCCAUCAACUUCAAUACCAAGAAAUCAAUUAUCAAAUUUAAUCAAUUAUACUCGUCGAAAAAAUAAUCCCGAUAUAUUUUCUGUUUACGACUUUAAUCAAUGGUGUAUUAAUCACUCAUAUGAUGAAAAUUCAUUACAUUCAACGUUCAUACCUUACUAUUAUAUCAAUGAUAUUAAUGACAUUUUUGUUUUAUUUGCGACAAAACAAUUAUUAAAAGACGCACAAUCUUCAACUCUAUUACAAGUCGAUGCAACAUACAAACUCACGUGGAAUGAACUCCCGUUACUAGUGUUCGGUUCAUCAGAUGCUGAUCGUCAUUUUCGACCUUUCGGAGUGGCUUUAAUAUCAAGUGAUGAAACUUCAACAUGUUACAUUGAUUUAUUUAAACAAUUAAAACUCAUCUCAACUCAAGAAAAUCAACGUGAGUAUGUUGUAAAUUAUGUAAUGGCAGAUGGUGCACCAGGAAUUACAAGUGCUCAAAAGGAAGUUUUUCCUCAAGCAAGACGUCUUAUGUGUUGGGCGCAUGUUGCUCGUAAAUGCCGAGAACAUAGAAAACUAGUGCCAACAGAGAAAUGGAAACAAAUUGAUAUUGAUAUACAUAAUUUACAACUAUGUUUUUCAGAUAAUAUUUUUAGUCAUGGUACAAAUCUGCUAAUGAAAAAAUGGUCAACUGAUCCACUUAUUCAGCAAUUUCAAUCAUACUUUUUCAAUCAAUGGAUUGAAACAUUACCUCUAUGGUAUGAAGGUGCUGCAAUAAAUAUGCCAUUAACGAGUAAUGGCUGCGAAUCUUUAAAUUCCAUAAUUAAAAAGAAAUACACAAUGAGAAAUAAACUUCAUUUAUCAUCGUUUCUACCAAAGAUUGAACAAAUGCUAAACGACUGGUCAACUGCUUCAUCAUCAAAUGUUUUUGUAAGUAAACCAUCAAUAUCUUCUGAUUUAGAGUUAUGCGCCUUCAAAUGGUCGAACAACAUCGAUAAGCUUGCUGUUUUACAUUGGUUUGAUUCAUGGUACAUUGUUCCAUCAUCAAAUUCUUUAAUCACACCAGCUGUUUGGCUUCAAAUGUAUCAGCUUCAGCGGUGGUCGUCAUUUGACGGACUUGUUAUUUGGUUAAAAUCUUGUCGGCUUGUAUCUCCACUAUUUUCAUGUACAUGUCCAACUGGCUUGAAAUAUUACGUAUGCAAACAUUCAGUUGGCCUAGCUAUGAUGCUCAACCAAUACGAAGUUAAUGAUAAAACUCGGUUACAACUUUUGGGUAAGAGACGUGGCAAAGGUAGAUCGAAAAAAGUUCAAAGUGCUCUAUUGUUAUAA